CUGUGAUACACAGGAAUAUAUCAUAGAAAAACUGGAUUAGUUUAUCUAUGCUUAUUGCUUCAUAUUUGUGUUCAAGCAACUUCUGUUUGUACUGAGUGAAAUAUGCCAGACUUUUCAAAACAUAACUGGGAACAAGAGGUCCAUCUCGUUCAGGGUAGGAUAAUCUCCGUAGAACAAAAGGUAUCCGAAUUAUGCACAGCAUUUUCGCAAUAUUCCAAGAAACUAGCGAAGAUACGUGAUGGCGGUGACGAUUUAUCUAACGCCCUAUCGAAAUAUGCUGGAUCCGAAGAUAUUACAAAAUCCCAAAGUGCGGAAGUGCAGAGUUUUGCCGAGGCAAUGCACGCGAUGAGCGAUUACGGAGAGCAAAGGGUAAUAUCCUUAGAUCACAAAGUUGUCGAUGAGUUGGCCAAAUAUGGGAGUAUUUGCAAGCAGCUCAAAGAAGAAAUCAAAUCGAUUUACAACGCCAAAGACCGGGAAACGACCAGGAAAAGGCAUCUAGAUCGCGUACGAGAUAGGAAUCCGAAAAACAGGCAACAAAUUGUACAAGCGGAAACGGAACUAAUCAGGGCAACAGCAGAAGUUACAAAGACUGUUCAUCAGAUCGAAGAGAAGAUGAUAAAUUUUGAGAAGCAGAAGCUACAUGAUAUGAAAGAAAUCUUUCUGGAUUUUAUCGUUACUGAAAUAGGAUAUCAUGCCAAAGCGAUGCAGAUUCUAUCAAAAACCUACCAAAAUAUAGAUAGCAUAGAUGAAGCAGCUGAUCUUCAGAGUUUCAAGGAUUACAUCCUCGAAUCCGACCGUUAUUCUGGAAGAGGCGAUCAAAAGAGCGGUCUAUUAAGGGUGCCGUCUUUGAGCUCUUUGGGAACCAUCUUUUCGACUGGUCACCGGCGAAGCACACCGGGUAUCCCAGGUGCAAGAAAACAUUCCCGAAGCGAGGAAAACUUGGAUUCAAUGAAAGCUAGCCUAUCAGAUACAGAAGAUACGCAGUCGGAAUUGAACAAAAGUGAAAGUCUCAGCGAGUUCGUUGCCAGGCCAUCAGAUGAGAGAAAAAGAUCUAACUGAAUUUUGUUAUAUUUUCUUAAGUUUCCAGAGUUGUAAUAAAAAUUUGAAAU